UCAUACUCAGGCUGAGUAAGGCACUAAAGUUAACAUGUAAUAUUUAUUAUACUAGGAAUAGGAAUCUUUCUGUACAAUUGUAUAUUGUGUUGUAUUUGCGUACAAAUUCAGUGCUUUCGUUAUAAAAAUAAAUGUAAAAAUUCUAUUAUGACAUAAUUAUCCGUGAUACUAGCAUUUUGGUAAUCAAAAAUGAUUCGUAAACUUUUUCCAAGAGUGGUCAAAUAUGGAUUAGUCAGUGGAGUAGCAAUCGGUAGUACUGCGUAUGCUUUGAAUUAUGAUUACAAUAGUAAUGUGUUUGUGAGGAUUUCAAGGACAGCAGUGACGGCUAUAGAAAUCGGCAAGACCUAUAAUGAUAUGUUGUACAGUAAAGAAUGGGAUAAGGAAUCGAAGGAAUACAAACAAAUUAGAAGUGCAGCCCACCUUAUAUGCGCGGAGAAAUUGUUGGAGCUCUGCAAAGCUAACAAAGGUGCUUAUAUUAAGGUUGGGCAGCAUGUUGGAGCAUUAGAAUACUUAUUACCCUCUGAAUAUGUCACCACUAUGCGAGUUUUGCAUAAAGAUGCGCCACAGAACACUGUAGAAGAACUGUAUACAGUUAUUAAAGAAGACCUGAAUAAAGAUCCUGACACUUUAUUUGACGACUUUGAUGAGAAACCACUGGGAACGGCCUCACUAGCUCAAGUCCAUAAAGCCAAACUAAAAGAUGGAACACUAGUUGCGGUUAAAGUUCAGCACCAUUUUGUGAAAAAGCACAUUGAAAUAGACAUCAUAUGGAUGGAAUUAGUUUUAAGAAUGAUGAUGAAAGUAUUUCCAGAUUUUGAACUGGCUUGGCUCAUAGAUGAAACAAAGAGGAAUAUUGCUAAAGAAUUGGACUUUUUACAAGAAGGGAGAAAUGCUGAAAAAGUUGCCAAAAUGUUUAGCCAUUACAAAUGGCUGAAGGUUCCAAAGAUAUAUUGGGAUUUCAGUACUUCAAGGGUUUUGGUUAUGGAUUAUGUGGAAGGGGGCCAUGUUAAUGAUCUAAAAUAUAUUGAUAAUCACAAGAUAGACCGCGCAGAUUUGUGCCGAAAGCUAGGCGACCUGUACUCCCAUAUGAUCUUCAUCAGUGGGUUUGUGCACAGUGACCCGCACCCCGGCAACAUUUUGCUGAGGAAAGAGCCUGGCGAAAAGGAAACUACCAUGUAUCUGCUGGAUCACGGUUUGUAUGCUAAUCUCACGGAUAAGUUCCGGUACCACUACUCAAAGCUGUGGCUGGCCAUAAUAGGGAGGGACCGCGAGGAAAUGCGUUUGCACUCCGAAGCCCUGGGGAUUCGCAGCCAACUGUACGGGCUGUUCGCGUGCAUCGUGACCGGUCGCCCGUGGGAGUCAAUCAUGAAAGGCAUCAAGGAUACCAAGCCGUCUAGCAGUGAGAAAACAGUGUUCCAAAACGAACUCCCGAACUUCGCGCACUACAUAACGCAAUGUUUGGAGCACGUCGACCGGCAGGCUCUGCUAGUACUAAAAACCAAUGACUUGAUCCGGAGCAUUGAGUACGCAGUUGGUAUGCAGGAGCGGAUGUGCGGUUUCUUAGUUAUGACGAAAUGCUGUAUAGAGAGCGUCUACAAGCUCGAAUACAAGAACGCCAAUUCAGCAUUGAGAAGGCAGUAUCUCAGCCUGAAAUUUAGGUGGUCCAUGUUGACUCUUUAUCUGUACUCAGUGUUUCUGUCUUUGAAGGAAAAGUUCACAUCACCCAGCGUGCGCGUUACAGUUCAAUCAACGGUUAAUCAAACCUUCAUACAGUAAACGGAGUAAAAACUGCAAAAUGCGCUAAGAAAAGCGACCAACGCCAUCAUUGAGAGUUUUUUAUAAUUUCGCUGUUGCUCGUUAAGAUGUUUCUUAUGCUAGAGCUUAGUUAGACUAUAUUUUAGUAUAAAUGUGAAGUGAAAAGUCUGACCAUUCUCCAAAUAGCCUCAUUUAUGCUUCAGUUUUACAUUAACUUAUCAUUUUCUAUUGUACCUAGCUUUAAAAACUAGUGUUAUUAAAUUAUUUUAUUAGUUUAUACUAAACUCUGGCAAUUAUGAGUAAAGUGACGUUAUCGUGUUGUCUUUAUGAAAAUAUUAACUUACCAUUUUUAAGCCUUAUUACAUUGGGAUAAGGUUUACAAAUCGUCUGAUUAAUUUGUCUUCGACUGUACAGGGAGAGUCCUAGUUUUUAUAGAAUCUACGAAAAAACAGUAUAUUAAUUUCUUCCGUUAUUAUACUGGCAGUUAGCUGGCUUUUCAUUAGCUUUCGCGCCGUUUUGGAGCACUUUUAUGAAAUAUUAGUGCAGACAAAACCAAUUUCUACUAGUCACGAGUAGUCCAUUGUCAUACCUCGAUAGGGCUUAUCAUUAUGAUAAGUAUGUGUACUGCAAAAGUACCUUCUAAAAUGUAUAUUUUGAUAAUUGUAUGUAUAAAAUCAUUAUGCGCUCAAAUCUACAAGUUAUUUUUGUAUUAUUGUAACAUGUUUUAAGGGGCCCACUG